CGCUGAAUGAAUCCAUGUAUCGUGCUGUACCAAUUAAAUUGACCAAGAUAAUCCGCAAAGAUUUGCCUGUCGGUGACAAAACACACGCCAGAAACUUACUGGCGUCCACUGCCAAAUCCGUCAGUAACAACAUACAGCAAUUAGAUGUUCUGGUGCGCGCUCUAAUGCUUGAUUUUGCCGCUGGCUGGGGAGAUAUCGGAAAAGAUGGAUUGUCUGUCGUCGACCUGGUUCCGAAGAAUGUUCAACGCGAACAACGCUUCGUCAAGGCCAUUGGUCAUUAUUUCCCGGUUGCAACUAUCAAACAGCUAAAGGAUCAAUCGCACGGCAAAGAUAUAUUCUCUCAAACUCACAUCCAGCAUAUUCAGAGCGUAUAUCUGGCAAAUGACUACAAGGAGCACAAAAACAAUCCAUGGAAGUUAUGGGAUCAGCAAGCAAUCAGGCCUAUUGCUACAAAUACCUUUUCAAGAUCACCACCUGGAAUGUCUCAAAGCUUAUCGGUAGCCGCGCAGAAUUUUGCAAAGAACCUCAAACAGAUGUAUGCGGACGGUAAACGGUUCAAAUACGCCCUGCACAAGCUAAUUCUGCAAUUAUGCCGAUUCAAUCUUGCACCAGACCGAGAAGCUCGAUACAUCAAAUAUCGCACAGUCUUCAGCACAAAAAAGAAAGAAAGGCGUCAGAAGAUCAAAAAACGCCCCAAUCGCUCCUUGCUUCACAAGUUUAGCAGUACUCAAAAAAAAUUACAGCAGUCUAUCAACAAGGAGAGCGAUCCUGGCCGCAGAUUAGCUUUGCAGAAGCGCUUAUGCGCUAAUAUCAAGCACUCUCGGGUAGUAUUCGAUCGCUAUCAACAACAAAAAGAAGCAUACAAAAUACAGAAAAGGAACCAAGCCACUACAGCCGAUAAAGUUACAGAAGAACAAAUGAUUCCGUCCAAGACUGAAUCUGCAUUGAAUCUCGGUUUACCUGGCGAAGAAGAAGUUGGAGGUGAAGAUGCUGACUCUGACGACGAUUGGGAAGAAGACGAGACGGAGGGAUCCGGCAGUCGAGCGAUGAAUCAAUCUACCAAUGAGCACCAACCUAAGAAAAUAAAGAUCGAAAAGGAUUUACCCACGCGAAGGGUCAAUCGGAUCAAGUCCAUGCUGGUUGCCAUUUUACUCGACGACAAGACCUACUCUCAAAACGACAUCAUUAAAAAUUGGGAAAGAUUCACUAUAGAGGACGACCUCACUUUUUACGAAGUACAGUGGAUUAUGAAGGUGUAUGGACUACUUAAACCCUACAUUCCCGCGAAGGGCAAUCGUUUCACCAUCAUAUAUCAAUUAUCAAUUAUCAUCAUCACCAACAUCGUGCUUCGUUUAUCCAGUUAUUCAUCAUUUACGAGGGCGAUCAGUCCAGUAAGAAGCUCCGGCAAAAUCGGUGCACUUCACGUCAGUGCUGCUACGUUAUACGAAUCGUUAGGUGUACGAGAGAACGGUUUUUCACUAUAUACCAAAGCUGGAGUCUAUUUUACAAGCUUUACCGAGGCUACAUCGAGAAAAGCAGAGAUGUUUGGCAGUGUCUUCGAUAUCGACCAUGUACGAGAUAUUUGCGAUUCGCGGGGCCUCGAUUUCAACUACACAAUCAUCCUCAACAAUGAUACUUAUUGUACAGUUAUUGGCACUCUGCAGCCGAGCACGGUGCCGACAGUUUCGGCUUACGAUGUCCGGAAAAAGAGAAAUUGCUUGCAAGCAGACGCUUUCAUUGCUCUUGAAGCGAGCCAGAUACCAGAAGCGGAUCAAUAUCUCAAGCAGCUGACUAUGAUCAGCCAACAUGCAGUUGGUUCAAGAAACUAAGAACGGAAGAAAUUCAUGAAAACAUGGAACAAGAUCACCACCCUAAAGCGCCAACGAAAGCGCACUGAAGAAGUGGACAGGAAACCAGUUCUCGCGAUGGAAAUCAAGAACCUAAAACAAGAAAGGAACAUAUACUUUACAAAUUACGUACAUGUUGUAGUUGCUCUUGACCGAUGCCGACUGGAUAAAUACACGACAGCAAAAGCAAUCAAAGAUGCAAAAGGAAAAAAGGCUGAUAACGAGGUGGCUUCUUCAACAAGAGCCCUCAAGAAUUACACCAGCACACCGACUUUGAAUGAUAGACGAAGCAUGGACGUGCCACAGUGUACCAACCUCGAUAUUCUUAAAAGACAAGCUGAGCAAGACGGCAAAUCAGUCAACUGUAGUGGAACCGACUAUGGCAUUGCAGUUAUGGCUUGUACAUCCCGCGUAACUGAGGCUCAA